CAAAGAAAAAUGAAACGAAACGAAACAUAGUACAUGUCGCUCGCCCGCCGGCGGAUACAUACAACUGGACCGCGUCGCCACCACCACCACCGCGCGCGCUACAACAGAGCACGCCGCUAGUCCACUCCAGGUUCAGCUAGUUUGUUUCGAGAUGGGCAUGGCGAAGCUGCUGGUGCUGCUCCUCGUAGUCACCGCCGGCCACGGGCACGGGGCGGCGGCGGCGGGGGGGAAGGAGAGGAACACGAUCACGCACGUCAAGGGGUUCGACGGGGCGCUGCCCUUCGCCCUGGAGACCGGGUACGUGGAGGUGGACGAGGCGCACGGCGCCGAGCUCUUCUACUACUUCAUCCAGUCGGAGCGCAGCCCGCGGGACGACCCGCUCAUCCUGUGGAUCACCGGCGGCCCCGGCUGCUCCGCGCUCUCGGGCCUCCUCUUCGAGAUCGGGCCGCUCAAGUUCGACGUCGCCGGCUACACCGAGGGCUUCCCGCGCCUCGUCUACUUCGAGGACUCGUGGACCCGGGUGAGCAACGUCAUCUUCCUGGACGCGCCCGUCGGCACCGGCUUCUCCUACGCGCGCGACGAGCAGGGCCUCGACGUCAGCCUCACCGGCACCGGCACGCACCUCCGGGUGUUCUUGCAGCGGUGGAUCGCCGACCACCCCGAGUUCGCCUCCAACCCGCUCUACAUCGGCGGCGACUCCUACUCCGGGUACACCGUCCCCGUCGCCGCGCUCGAGAUCGCCGACCAGCCGGAUAACGGGGGGCUCAACCUCAAGGGGUACCUGGUGGGCAACGCCGCCACCGACGACAAGCACGACUCCGGCGGCAAGGUGCCGUUCAUGCACGGCAUGGGGCUCAUCUCCGACGAGCUCUACGAGGCGGCGCAGGGCAGCUGCGGCGGGGACUUCGUGACGACCCCCCGGAACGUGCAGUGCGCCAACGCGCUCAUGGCGAUCACCAUCGCCACCUUCGCCGUGAACCCCGUGCACAUCCUCGAGCCCAUGUGCGGGCUGGCGCUGGCGCCGCGCGCUCUACGUCCGACGGCCCCGAUCAGCAGCAUCCUCUCCUCCGCGGGCGCGGGGAGGAGGAGGUCGGCGAGGCUGCUGGUGCAGGAGGCGGACCGGCUGGCGCUCCCGGUGGAGUGCCGGGACAACGGGUACCGGCUGUCCUACACCUGGGCGGACGACCCGGAGGUGAGGGCGACGCUGGGCAUCCGGGAGGGGACCGUCGGCGCGUGGAGCCGGUGCGUGCAGCUGACGCACUUCCGGCACGACGUGUACAGCACCGUGCCCUACCACGCCAACCUGACGCGGCGAGGCUACCGCGCGCUGGUGUACAACGGCGACCACGACAUGGACAUGACCUUCGUGGGCACGCAGGCCUGGAUCCGGACGCUGGGUUACCCGGCGGUGGCGCCGUGGAGGCCGUGGUACGCCAACCGGCAGGUCGCCGGGUUCACGACGGAGUACGCCCACAACCUCACCUUCGCCACCGUCAAGGGCGGCGGCCACACCGCGCCCGAGUAUCGCCCCAAGGAGUGCCUCGCCAUGCUCGACAGGUGGACCUCGGCCGACGGCAGGCUCUGAUCUGAUGAGCCUCCGACUUACCACUCCCACCUACGGUUAUGCGGUGCCUACGAGUGAAAAUUAGUGUACUGGAUUUGGACCACGGCUAGCUGGUCACGUCAUUUCAUGUACGGUGUAGUACUAUCGAUUGCAGUGCCAUGCACACCAGAGGAGGAAGAAAUAAAAGUCGGGAGAAAACUGGAGAGUUCCAUGGAGUAUAGGGUCGAGACCACCGAGCAAGCCAUACCACGUACGUCUGCAUGCAGUCCAGUUAGCGGAAACAGACGAAUCAUGAGCCGAAAGAAUGAGCAAGCCCAUUCCCUUCCUCUCGUAUGUACUUCUGUUCCCGUGACCGAGUAAACUGGGAUGACAUUGCAGAUUGGCAGUGCUUAGAAUUCAUCUAUAUGAGAUGUAAUUUGGUCUUAUUCACUUUGUUUUCCUAUAUACAUCACUAAUAUGGUCUGUCAUUGUA